ACAAAUGAAUUCAAGUUAUAAAACUGCUUCAAUGUUUUUUAAGUGGAACUUGGAUUACUGGAUACUCAUAGUAUUAUUAUUGCUCGUUGAACUGAAUUUAGGCUUUAAGUUCUCCAUAGUACACAACAAUGAUAUACGAGGCAGAUAUGAUUCUAUCAAGAGCAAAGUAGAAUCUUGUACCAAGGUCGACGAUGAGAGGGGCCUGUGCUUUGGGGGGAUGGCGCGAAUAGCUACAGCUGUGGCCGAGGCGCGAGCUGAGGGUCCAACGAUUUACCUGAAUGCUGGCAAUACCUUUCAAGGCAGUCCCUGGUAUACUUUAUAUAAGGGAGAUCUGGCAGCUGAACUUUUGAAUAUGCUCGAACCAGAUGCAGUGUCUUUUGGCAAUCAUGAGUUUGAUGACAAUGUCGAUGGGUUGAUGCCCUUCUUCAGAAAAGCAAAGUUUCCCAUUGUCUGCACCAAUAUGGACUUCCAGAAGAAUCCAAUAUUACGAAAUGUAACAAAUUUAGUCAAAUCGUUCAUCAUCACUAAAUUCGAAAUGAAAAUUGGAAUCGUGGGCUAUGUAACACCCAAGCCAAUGAAGUCGGUGGCACGGCUUGAAGUGGAGAUACACAAUGAAAUACCAGAUAUUAACGCCGAGGUGAAAAAACUAACCGAUAUGGGUGUUAAGAUCAUAAUUGCCCUCGGAAACUCGGGCUACAAAAAGGAUCAAGAAAUUGCCGAAAAUUGCCUGGGUGUUGACAUCGUCGUCGGUGGACACUCGAAUACCUUUCUAUUCACUGGCUCGCCCCCAGCUGAUGAUAUACCAGAGGGCAAUUAUCCGACUGUGGUGACCAGGUCGAAUGGCCAACAAGUGCCGGUCGUUCAGGCAUAUGGCUUUAGCAAAUAUUUGGGCAAACUUGAUGUCGAGUUUGACAGUGGCGGAUAUCUGAUAAAAUAUACGGGCGCGCCCAUACUGUUGGAUGAUUCGAUACAGCACGAUGCUAGAGUGGACUCUAUGUUGGCCGCAAAGCGAGAUGCAAUAGACAAGCUUGAUGAAAACAUUGUUGGGUCCACAAAGGUGCUGCUCAAUGGAGAUCCUGCCGUGUGUCGACAAAGCGAAUGUAAUUUUGGCAGCUUCAUUGCAGAUGCCUUUGUCUACGAACGUGUCAUUGAGAACUACGGCGGGGCCUAUUGGACAGACGCAGCAAUAGCACUAAUUAAUGCGGGAGGAAUACGCGCAAGCAUCGAACCGGGAUCAGAUGGAUCUAUAUCAGAAUUGGAUAUCAUAAAGGCUUUGCCCUAUGGCAAUCAAGUGGUGGUGAGCCGCAUUACUGGCCAAGAUCUUCUCAACGCAUUGGAGUACUCGGCCAGCCUGCGUCACUCCAAAAGAGAUGGGGGAUUUCUGCAGGUCUCUGGUAUUCGAAUGGUCAUCAACUACAAUCUACCCAAGGGAAAGCGCAUCACAAAAGUAAAAGUUCUCUGCGCUCAUUGCCGAAUACCCGAAUAUCUUCCCUUGGACAAGCAGCGACACUAUUGGGUGAUUGUGCCCCGUUAUCUUGUCAACGGUGGCGAUGGUCACAUUUACUUCAAGGACGCCACAGAACCGAAAAUCGAUGAGCUAGAGCUGAUAGAUAGGGAGAUCUUAGCCAAGUACUACAGGGAGCAUAAAGUUGUUUAUCCCAUGAUUGAAGGUCGCAUAAAUAUUGUUGAGAAAAAGCGUAAAUCAAGUGCACCAUCGUUCCGACAGAAAUUUGUCGUAGUUUCCAUUACUGUAAUCACAACAUAUUAUAUUUCUUGAGUUAUAAAUUCGAUUCGAUUUCGUAAUAUACUUGUAU